ACCGCGGAUCUACUUCCGGUCGGCCGCUUCCAAUUUACCUUCAGCUCCAACCGUCUGGCUGUAGCCAUGGCAGCGUGCUCCGAGGCUUGCACUCACCCAGUCCUAGUAGCUGGAGCUUCAGGGGAGAGAGGUAAACAUGUCAAACCUUUUACACCAGAGAAAGCAAAAGAAAUUAUAAUGUCUUUACAGCAACCUGCAGUUUUCUUUAAUAUGGCUUCUGAUUGGCCAGCACGACAUUGGACUGCCAACCACAUUUCAGAGCUCCUUCCUAGCAAGCAAAUACGAUUUAGAAUGGGACUAAAAAGCAGAGACACAGUUCCUCAGUUUGAAACUGCAUGUAGUUACGUGGAGGCUACACUUGAAGAGUUUUUGACCUGGAAUGCUGACCAACCUCGUAUUUCUGGACCAUUUAGAGAUUAUGAUCAUUCCAAAUUCUGGGCUUAUGCUGACUAUAAAUAUUUAAUUAGUCUAUUUGAAGACAGGGCAGAUGUUUUUCAGGACGUGAUAUGGUCUGACUUUGGAUUUCCUGGAAGAAAUGGACAAGAGAGUACCUUGUGGAUUGGCUCCCUGGGAGCCCAUACCCCCUGUCAUCUGGACUCUUAUGGUUGCAACCUAGUAUUCCAGGUACAAGGAAGGAAAAGAUGGCAUCUCUUUCCUCCUGAAGAUACACCUUUCCUUUAUCCAACCCGAAUCCCGUAUGAAGAAUCUAGUGUGUUCAGUAAAGUCAAUGUGGUCAAUCCUGAUUUACAACGUUUCCCUCAGUUCCAGAAAGCUCAGAGACAUGUGGUCACGCUGUGCCCAGGACAGGUUCUGUUUGUUCCCAGACACUGGUGGCAUUACGUAGAAUCCAUCGAUCCUGUCAGCGUCAGUAUAAAUUCAUGGAUUGAGCUGGAAGAAGACCACCUAGCCCGAGUGGAAGAGGCAAUCACCCGGAUGCUGGUGUGUGCACUGAAAACUGCGGAGAACCCACACAAUACCAGUGCCUGGCUAAACCCCACUGAGGUGGAAGAAACAUCCCAUGAAGUCAAUUGCCACUAUUUAAAUGGAGCUGUUUCUGCCUUUUUUGACCAUUACAGAACAUCUAAAGUAGGAGAAAUUCAAGUAGUAGGAACACAUGGGGAGAACCUUAGAAAGGAUGAACUAAGCAUGAACAGCCCCAUGGAGGUAAAGGACACACACAGCCAGAGUGUAACCAUGGGAACCACAACGCAGGGGGCAGCAAGCCCCUUUGGUCCUCAUCUGGUGCCUGUCACACCGAACUCUGAAGAACUCUCUUCAGAAAGAAGAGACGUAUUUGAAAGCAAUGGCAGAGGAUUUGUCUGCAAAGAUGAGGAACUCUUUCCAAAACCGUCCUGCACCAGGAGGCAACUGAUGAUCAAACAACGUGACAAUGCUGUGGAGGAGUCAAUUGCCUCUAACAGCACCACGGCCCCUCCCUCAGUGUUCAUCUCCACAGACGACUUGCUGGACUGUGUAGUGAACCCACAAGUAACCAGGAUGGUUGCACAACUUUUGAUACAAGGGAAAAAAAUAUGAAAUAACAUGAAAAAGUAUUUUUUAAA